GGGGGGAAGUUCAGUUAAAUCGCGUCCGUCGCGGCGAGCGCUCGCGUUGCGUGUUAUCGGAAUGCUGGAAAACCAGUCGGCGGGAUGGCGGGCUUCGGAUUAAGAUUUGCGCUAUGUUGAAACAUGCUCAGCGGCCGCCGGCGGCAAACGAUGCCGAACAUCGCUACCAAAACAUGCCGCGGCGGCCGCACCAUCACAUCCCCUUGAAUGUUUCCACAUUGGAUUCAUCCAAACACUCCGUUGGAGGAACUUCAGCCAGCGUGAGCCCGGGAGCACAACCACAGAAUACAAACCCUCCCGUGCCAGUGGUCGCACCCAUUCCGUUGACUUCUCCACCCAAACUGGCUAAUGGAAACGUAACUGGGUUGCCAUCAAGACAAUCCUCGAGAAGUAGAAGCAAUAGAGCUGCCACAGAGGAAGCCUUAACAUCUCUGGCGUUGUUAUGCCUGGUUAGCUUACUCCUAGCUUUGCUAGCUCUUCUAUUUCUUUUAAAAAUUUCUGCGCCUGCGACGAGCGCGCCUGAGGAAUUCGCGGUGGUGUAUGAAGUGACAUUAGCCCUAUGUGCCUUAACGUUAUCAUUGAACCUCUGCUGUUUGUUGGUUUGUGCUAUUCAGUUCCUGUUUGCGGUGAAGCUGGUGCAUUCCCCGUCCGCGCCGAAUGGCCGGUCUAACAAAUAUUUGCAGAAGUCAGCCAUCACAAGAGUCUGCGCCGUCGGAGGCUUUUUUAUUUCUAUACCCGUAUUUUUAACAGGUAUAAUACUUUACACAUUCAUCCAGUUCCACUCUACACCCGCAAUAGUCACAUCGGUAUUUAUUGGCGUGGGCAUCAUAUUCUGCGGGUGCGCUAUGGUUCACAACGUGUUCGUAUGGCAGAAGGAAAAGACGAAUUUGGUGAAAGCAUUUCGUACACAAGAAAUUGCAAUGAAUACAUCGAACGGUGUGGUUAUGAAUGGACAUUUGAAUAACACUGGAGCCGGCAAUGUUAGCUUUCACAGCAUGACUGCGCCGUAUACGCAUCCAAUCACGCUUUUGCAGCAGGGCGGGCCUUAUAUUAUUAGGCCUCCAACAAGUACACCACCUGGUGAAGGUGCCGCAACUCCAGGUGUCCCAGCUGCUACCAUCGAUUUAAGCCACGAUACACACGAACUUAGCACACUCGUCUAAACUCCACAGACUAUCAUAAUAGAGUGGUUCUAGCACGGCCAAUCUUAAUACAACUGUCAUAUAAAUUCUGUGAAAAUAUGUGACUGUCAUAGUUUUCUUUACUAUUUGUCAACGCUAAAGUUACGGCUAUGGAUAAUUAUUGUUCUAAAUUUAAAUAAUUGUACAGACCUUAGUUGAAAUGAUAUAUUGACGCGACGAUGUAGACGAUAUUAUGGCAAACUAAUUAGUCUAUGAAAAUAUAAGUUGCCAGGCAGAAAAUGUAAUUUUUUAACAUUUUUAACGUGGAACGUUUUAAACCUUAAACUGAUUGACCUAAAAUUGACUUUCUAUUGUUUUUUUGUAUAUUUUUAAUGUUAACACUAGUGUUGUAUUCUUGAAAUGUGUGAUUUCCCAAAUUCAUUUCAGAUUGUCUCUACACCAAUAACAAGCUUAACAAUUUUUUUGGUUAAUGAAUGUCAUGAAAGUAAAAUAUUGAAAAUUUGUGUGCGGCCAUCUUUGCCUUAAAUCACGGUUUUAACGACUAUUUGAUCUAAUCUCUCAUUGUUCAUAAAACGUAUAUCAGUCUAAUUAAACACUUUUAACUAAAGUCCUCUUUCGUCUCUUUCUGGCUAAUAGUGUUUACGUUAUGAUGAAAGAGAAAGUUUGUUAAGAGUGCUUUGGUUAAAACGGUGCAUUUGCCUAAUUAAUUUGUUAUAAUUAAAAAACCAUUUGAAGAGAAAAUAAAUCGUUAGAAUGACCGUCAUUUUUACAACCGUUAUGGUUAACUGUAUUAUAUCUGUACAUAAUUAUCAAUUAAUUUAAAUUCGCCAUUUAUUUAAGUAAAUCAAUAAGAUAUU